GUUCCUGGUGAUGGCUUUUCUGUUUCUGCACUUGCGUGUUGCUUGGGUUGGCGUUGGGUUUGACGGUUACCGGACUUUAUCAGCGCUUCACUCGCAUGAGAGACGUAUUUGAGGCUCUGGCAUGGGGACGUGGCGGUGCAUCCUGCACAUUUCAUGGGCUCUUUCUCUGUGAGCUGCUUGCUUGCUUUCACUGCUCGGUUUGCUUUUACUAUUUACCACUGUUCUGUAUCAGUAGAGAUUUCGCUUAUGGGCUUGGACAAGGGGUUGAGGGAAUUUUUCUUGUUUAUCGGCGAUUGGCCGCAUAUUCGAGACAUGGAUACCAAAAUGGACUGGAAUGGCAGCAUUGUCUGCGUUGUCCCACAUGGAAUUGAAGGCCGAUUGUGCACCUGAAGGGCCGCACGUGCUCACUAUAUUCAUCUAGACUA